GAUGUGGCAACCAGCUCGUCCAAGCUGCGUGGUCGAGCUGUUAUCGAUCAUGCCGUGCCGACAGCGACUGCGAGGGCCCUUGCCGUCCUAGCGCCAUCGGCCGUUCGUAUUGGCGACGGCUUCCAGGCUUCCGGUCUGAGAAACCGAGAGCAGGUCGGUGGCCUCACUCCAAGGGCUGCAGUGGAAUGGGCUUCUGAGCAAGGCAGUGCUCUUGCCCUUUCCUGGGCUGAAAGCUUCCUGACAGCGGCUGAGUCUGUUGGCCAGCAGGUGGCUUCCCACUUUGGCAAAAAAUUGCUGAACUCCUCGGCCCCUUUGGAUGAAGAAGGUCUCUACUUCGAUUUCGUGCACCUCGUCUGCCGAUUUUCGCAGGAGGAAAGUCAGGCUCAGGAGGCCCCGGAGGAGUUUGAGGAGUUCUCAGGCUACAUCCCGGCCAAUGCCAAAGACCUCUUCAACCAAGAGCUUACACUCGAAAAGGCGAAGGCCGCCUGCAGCGCUGCUCUCGAAUGUGAAGCUUUCACCUUCCAGGCCGGCGCAAAGCCGGAAGAGCCCAGGAUGGUGUAUUUCAAAGCUCAGUGGGACCUUGCAGGCACCGGUUGGAGAUCGUUUCGACGUUCACCAAGAGCAAAGGAGGCAGAUGCUCAUGCAGCGCAUGGCGACAACUGCUUCGAAGAGGGUGCCUUCUGUGUGAGAAAGAAGCCCUUCUACUAUUGGCGAAGCCAUGCUGCUGUGCUUUUCCUCCACGGUCCCGAGUCCGGUGACUUUCAGGGAGGCGACUUCUUCUACGCACCUUCCUUCAGAAGUCCGCCAGAGCUGCGAGUGCACGUUCAGCCUGCACCCGGGAGAGCAGUGACAUUUCGGGCAGGUGCAGAGAAUAUCCACGGUGUGGAAAAGGUCUCGUCUGGUACACGCUGCACGCUUAACCACUGGCUGACACCAAAUGCGUUUCAAGCCGCACACAAAUCCGAGCUGGAAGAUGCACGGAAGCUGUUGCUGCGCUACAAGCCGAAGGCUGAGGAGCUCUGA